GCCACUAGUCACCACUUCAAUCUGUGUAAUCCGUUGAGGACCAAUCUCUCUCCUUCCCUCCAUCCCUCCUCCCAAAGACUCACACAACAAGAGAAGAGUCUCACCAAAACCCAAAUGGAAUCCCACCUCAUAACAAUCUAGAGAGAGAGAGAGAGAGAGAGAGAGAGAGUGAUCAAGAAUCAACCAUGUCUACAUCUCCGAGCAGCUACACUUCUCUCUGUUCUUCCUCACCACUGGCAAGACUAACCCCAUCAACAAAGCCAAACCCAUCACUCCCAACCCCAUUUGUUCUCAAACCCACAUCGCAAAACCACAUUUUUCUAAGCACUUCAAUCAAUUUCUGCAAUAUCCAUUUGGUAAAGCCCUCAAUUUUGGGCAUUAAAGCAUCGGAAACCGAGGCUAAGACGUCGAAAUCGGGGACUGAAGGUGAAGAAAAGGAAGAGUAUGAGGUGUAUGAAGUGGAAAUUGUGCAGCCAUAUGGGUUGAAGUUUAGAAAGGGGAGGGAUGGUGGAACUUACAUCGACGCCAUUGCCCCUGGUGGCUCAGCUGACAAGAGUGGGAAGUUCACUGUUGGGGAUAAAGUACUUGCCACUAGUGCAGUGUUUGGAGAUGAAAUAUGGGCUGCUGCUGAAUACGGGAGAACAAUGUAUACUAUCCGCCAAAGAGUUGGCCCUUUACUUAUGAAAAUGCAGAAGAGAUAUGGAAAGGUGGAUGAAUCAGGUGAGCUAACAGAAAAGGAGAUCAUCAGAGCCGAGAGGAACUCCGGUGUAAUUAGUGACAGAGUGAGGGAAAUCCAAAUGCAAAAUUACGUCAGGAAGAAAGAGCAGAAACAACAAAGAGAAAUGGACCUCCGUGAAGGGCUGAAGCUUUACAAGAAUGCAAAAUAUGAAGAAGCACUGGAAAAAUUUGAGUCAGUGUUGGGGUCAAAACCGGAUCCAACUGAAUCUUCGGUAGCAAGCUACAAUGUUGCCUGUUGCUACUCUAAACUUAAUCAGAUACAAGCUGGACUUUCUGCACUUAAAGAUGCCUUAGAAGCAGGAUUCGAAGAUUUUAAGAGAAUCCGGACAGACCCCGAUCUAUCCAACAUCAGGGCAUCAGAAGAUUUUGAGCCUCUUAUGAAAAGGUUUGACGAGUCAUUCAUCAAUGAGAAUGCUAUCAAUGCCAUCAAGUCUCUGUUUGGGAUAUUCAACAAGAAAUAGAGCCGAUACCCUGUAAUUGUAUUUAAGGUCAGAAGUGAACCGAUACAAGUAUGAACCUAACUGUCUUGAGUUUCAUACCGAUGGAUUUCUCAUCUGUUGAUAUAUUUAGCUCGUGACAAAUUUUGGAAGGAGUUGAAAAUAAUUCUUUGUCGGUGGAUUGGCCAUUCAUGUAAUGUAUCUCUGUUAAAUUCUGUCCAUUGUAAUUACCUGGACAGAAGGAUUGGAGAAUUUAUGUAAGAGAGAGAUUGUCCUUCAA